AUGAUCAAAGCAAUCUUUUACAGCAAGUUCGAUACAGUAGAGGGACCUAAAGUCGUCCACCAAGUCCCCGAUGGCGGCAUUGUUCCCUCUCCUACGGCGCCCUCACAGCUCCCCCUCUUGAUAUUCUCCGACGUCUCGUUCUUCGUGAUUCCCCGCCAGGAGCUCUGCGGAAACCUGUUGCAAGUCUGUACCAACGGAUACCGCAUUCUGGGCUACCCAAUCUGCAUGAAGUCUGCGCGCUAUGAUCGUAACGAAUUCAUCUUCAAUUUCUGUAUCGUGCUUGCAGAGGAGGACGACUUUAGCACGUAUAAAAGCGUGGUGCAGAAGAUCGCAGACCUGAUGCACGGGUUGGAAGAACAGAAUGGCUUCCUGUCACGCGAUUUCUCGAAGAGCGGCGAAGGGAAGAUCUACAGCCUCUGUGAGAUGCUCAUGGAGGAUCUGAAUAACUACUGCGAGUGCAUGAUCCCGAUUGGUACGUUAGUGUCCUGCUAUACCCCUACACUACUGACCAGAUUCCUAGAUGACUUGAAUACUCUAAAUAUUAAGCUCUUCCCUAUAUAUCCUUCUCCUCCGCCGGUCAAGGCCUGGCAAGUACCGCUGUUCAUGCUGCGGUACCAGGCUUUCACUGAUGAGAAUUGGGACUUGACCAUGCAGAGGAUCGUACCGCAUAUCAACGGCGUCAAUAGUGUACGUCUCAUAUCUAUCCUAGCAGAUACCGACUUCUCCCUCACCUGCCGUGCACUCCGCCACCUCCUCUACUACGGCUGUCUCUUCCUACUCGACAUAUUCUCCUUCUCAGCCAUAUACGCACCAACCGCUCAGUUCAGCACAACCAUAGCCUCCGACGAAGCAAUGCAACUAGAAUGCGCCCGCUACGUCAAUCUCCGCUUCGCACCACAUCCCCCAAUGGGACCAUCCAUCACUCUAGCCCAAAGCACAAGUGCCAACGGCAGCACAAGCAACACCGUGCUUUCCGCCUCCCUCACAGACCCAAGUCUCACACAAGAAGCCCGAUUUGACGCCGAAGAAAUUUGGCCAUUACUCGGCGAAGAAACCACCCCCAUCCCUGAUACAUCAAUAGUCCACAAGCCCGCUAUUGUGGACGGCGCAGCGCUAGUCGAGCUAUACGCAGGACUCAAACAAGGCCAGAGUGUCAAACAAUGGUACGCGCAGCAUAGUCGCUCAUUGGCAAAUAUCGAUAUCCGACGCUUUAUCACCUUCGGCGUUAUAAAGGGCUUCUUGUACCGCGUUCAUAAAUACGCUUGUGCAACAGGCCAGCCGGCUCCGGCUCCGCGCUCUUCUUCAUUCACACCGACUGGUCAUUCGUCACGUGUGACAACCGGGACGAAUACGCCUUAUGCUGUUUCUAGUCUUGGGGAGGAUGGUGUAAGGCGCGAGGGGAGCCAGGAGCGAGCUGGGUCGUUGAUGAGUGGGAAGGGGGCUGGGAGUGGGACGCCUUCGGCAUUCUGGGAGGAUGAGGAAGAGGAGGUUGUUAGUGACGAGGUUUUGGGGAGGUAUCUUGAUGGUACGCAUUGCGUGGAUCAGAUUUGUACGGAGUUGGAGAUGAGUGAGAGGGAGCUGACUGCUAGGUUGAAGAGGUAUCCUGGGGAAGUGCUGAUUUUGCAUCGAUGA